GGCUGGGAGCUCCCCUUCCACUCCUCCGCGGGCCCCAGGGGACUGACAUGGCCCAGAAGAGUCCCAGCCCCGCCCUGGAGCCCGAGCACGUCCAGCGGCUGCUGCUCUCCUGCCGGGAGGCCAAGAAGUCCGCCUACUGCCCCUACAGUCACUUCCCCGUGGGGGCCGCCCUCCUCACCGGGGACGGGAGGAUCUUCUCCGGGUGCAACAUAGAAAAUGCCUGCUACCCACUGGGCGUCUGUGCUGAACGAACCGCCAUCCAGAAGGCCAUCUCAGAAGGGUACAAAGAGUUCAGGGCAAUUGCUAUCUCCAGUGACUUGCAAGAUGAUUUUAUCUCCCCAUGUGGGGCCUGCCGGCAGGUCAUGAGAGAGUUUGGCACUGACUGGGCUGUCUACAUGACCAAGCCGGAUGGCACGUAUGUUGUCAGGACAGUCCAGGAGCUGCUGCCUGCCUCCUUUGGGCCUGAGGACCUGCAGAAGAUCCAGUGA